GGUUCCCCUGUUACUCAACAUUAUCAAACAAGGACAGGGAUUUGCAGGAAAUUUAUUCCUUUUGGCGUGCACAGCUCUUGGGAAGGUAUUGAAGUCACUUCAAGAAAGGAAUAAGAGGAGUAAAAAAAUUUACUUGUAUUCCUUCUCCUAAUCUCUUAAAAAUUGUUUAAUUACAAUCAUGAAGAAGACUCUCCAUGGGUGCACCAUGUUCAUGCUCUUUCAAAACUUGUUCUUGCUUUCUCCUCAUCUUGAUUUUCCUCACUUUCACAACUUCAUUGUUCUUCAUCUUCUUCUUGAAGCCUCAAAAGCCUGUUUUCACUCUACAGACCAUAACAGUAGAUUACUAUAAGCUGCAUGUUCAUUCCAAUUCAACCCUCUUCAUUUCAUCUCUUUUGUCUUUGACCCUAAAUGCUCAAAAUCCUAAUAAGGUUGCCUUAAGGUUUAGCGCUUCUCGCCUCUACUUGUACCACGAACAACUUCCCUUAUUAGGGGUUAUUCAAGUCCCAGCAUUAUAUCAACCUGCUCAAAGUAAUGACACAAGUCUGCUAACACGGGUUUUGUUUCGUUGUGUUGAUGUUACCCGGGUUAUUGCCGGAGGCUCAAUACAAGAUCGUUCGAGUAAGAAGGUUGUUCAAAUGAAAAUGCUUGGUGAUAUCAGAGUGCAUGUGCUGUUUUUCCAUUUAACCCUGCCAACAAUUAAGGUAGCCUUGGACUGUGACAUAAUUUUUGAUUACACCCAGUUUUUUACUUUGAUUAAUAAGCUUCAAAAUCAAGCCGUUUAUGGUAGGAGACUUGAUGAUCACACUGCAUCUUCUUUUGCUGACUACUCCAGAUUCUUGUCCAAGAAUUGUACCUUAGCUCUCCAUAUAUAAAGAAAA